AUGUCCUCUGUUCUUUUUCACCUCCUGCUGCUGCUACAGAUUUUUCGCUCCUGCAAUGCAAUCACCCAAGAGAAUCCCUACAAACUCUCACCUUUCUGCCAGUCUUUUGAUUGCGGGAAUGGUCUCAACAUCAGCUACCCAUUCUGGCUACGCAACGACACCAAGUCAGAGCACUGCGGCCAUGAAGGUUUCCAGCUCUCCUGUGAGAAUGGAAUCCCUGUCCUCACACUCUCCAUUGAUACCACCUACUACAUACUCCACAUCGACUAUGUGAACAAAAUUCUCACCAUCGUUGGAACCGAUGUCUACCAUGUGACUGCAUGUCCUGUGCCUCGUCAGAAUUUUACGUUCUGGCCUUGGACGUCGGCUCCUCCCUUCUAUCUGACUCCUAAUGACAUCAGCGUCACCAUUUUACUCAACUGCUCUGCGGCCACCUAUUUAGGGGAACAGUGGGGAUGCCCUGAGAAGAUUUACGGCCAGAGGCCCUCUUAUGUUUUCCCAGAGGGUGAGGUUCCGAUGCAGUCUGAUUGUGGUGAGAAUGUGGUGGUACCAGUACAGCAACCGCUGCUUAAGGCGAGCAACCUGACAGAUGUUGAUCAGGUUCUGCGGCGGGGCUUCGAGGUGGCCUGGAACUCAACCAUGGAUGGAGAGUGCCGGUGGUGUGAGCUAUCUGGUGGGUUCUGUGGCCGGAGAAAUAUCAAUAGCAGUUAUGGCAUUAGCAAUCAAUUCGUUUGCUAUUGCAGUAAUGGCCGAGCACAACUCGUAGACUGCUAUGUUGCAACAUUAAUUCUUGGAAGCUCUGUCCUUGCUCUCCUUAUUUUCAUGAUUUGUCAAUGCCGUCAAAGUUGGAAGAAAUCAAAGAGCACGCAAAAGGUGGAGAACUUCUUAAAGAACUGUGAACCCCUGUCUCUGAAACGAUACAGGUAUGCGGACAUUAAAAGAAUGACCAAGUGCUUUAAGUUUCAAUUAGGACAAGGAGGUUAUGGUUGUGUGUAUAAAGGGUGGCUUGACGAUGGCCGCAAGGUGGCUGUGAAGGUCUUGACUGACUCCAAAGGCAAUGGUGAGGAGUUCAUCAAUGAGGUAGCCAGCAUUGGCAGGACUUACCAUGUUAACAUUGUUACCUUGCUAGGCUUUUGUUCGGAAGGGUCUAAACGAGCUCUUGUGUACGAGUUCAUGCCAAAUGGAUCUCUGGAAAGAUUCAUAUAUAUUGAUGAACCGCGAACAACACGUCUUGAAUGGGAGAGGUUAUACAAUAUUUCGCUUGGCAUUGCUCGAGGGCUAGAGUACCUGCACCUGGGAUGUACUACCAAAAUACUACAUUUCGACAUAAAGCCUCACAAUAUAUUACUAGACAAAGAUUUCUGUCCCAAGAUCUCUGAUUUCGGGUUGGCAAAGCUGUGCCCUGCAAGAGAUUGUAGCAUCUCUCUCCAUGGGACCAGAGGAACGGUGGGUUACAUUGCACCAGAAGUAUUCUGCAGGAACUUCGGUGGCAUCUCUAGCAAGUCUGAUGUCUAUAGCUAUGGCAUGAUGGUGCUUGAAAUGGUUGGAGGUAGGAAAAACCUUGAAGUGAAAGCAGAAAAUACUAGUGAAAUAUAUUUUCCACACUGGAUAUACAAGCAUUCGAACCUGGACCACUUUCUAAAAUUAUGCAGAAUAGCUGAUGAUGUGGAGGAAGAAUUAGCAAGGAAGAUGAUAUUAGUGGGAUUGUGGUGCAUACAGACUUUGCCUUCCAAUCGGCCUUCCAUGAGUAGGGUGGUGAACAUGUUGGAAGGAAGCAUCGGUGAUGUACAAAUGCCACCCAAGCCCUGUCUAUCUUCUCCCCUAAGAUCAUGCCAUGGUUCUCCUUUGACAUCAAGUCCUGGAGAUUCCUCUAAUGAAAUAGACGAGCAAUAUCCAAGUGCGUGUCAUGGUUCUCGGACAACAUGUCCUGGAUUUCUCUUGAGUUGA